GAGAAAGCGGUAAUUUCACUUCCAAACUAUUGAUGACCAGGGUUGGCUGCUGAUUUGUCACACGGUAGGUUGCGUAGUGCUUUUAGAAGAUACUUUUCGGUUUUUUGCGGUUCCAUUGUUCAUUAUUUUACACGUGCUGUGUUUUUAAAGCUAAAGGGAACUAGUGUUUGCCCAGUAUUCAUAUACUUUUAUCACUCAGUAUUUACUCUGAAUAAGCAUAUUGUUGUAAGAAUAGUCUAAAUCUAGCUUCUUUUACGGAGUUAGCUGACAGAGUGGUUUUAUAUAGAUUUAGUUCAAAAUACCUGCUCGAUUGUAGAUCCUCAGUUAUCUGUAGAGCUGAUCGAUUCACUACGAAUCAUUGUUAGUGUCCGAUACGUUCCUUAAAACUAUUUAGGAAAGCUGCAAAAAUUAAAGCAAAUUAUCCCACUGAGACAGGACUUUUCAACACCUUACAGAUAAUUGGGUUUUCUUCAUCUUAAGCAAAACAAAACUUUCGGCCUAAGCAUGAACAAUGCAUAUGUAGUUAGUUGCGGACCUUAUCAAUGGGUAAAAAUAAGUUUUUUUAAAGGUAUCCGGGCGCUUCCUUGGAAAUUAAUAGGCGUUAAGUUCUGCCAAGUUACUUUGAGAGUAUAUGAGAUGUCAUGAUUGUUGAAUGUUAAAAGUGUAGAACAAAUUUUCAUUUUGAUAUCAUGACAUUUUUCGUGCGUUAGCAUGCUCUUCAACAUUAUUUUAAAGUAAAGGUUCAUUUGGCUUCACCUUCAGAUACAGUAGUGUUAACAAUUAUAGGAGUGGAUUCGCUUCGUAGUCGUCUAAAUAUGUUGAAUGCUUUUAUCGCUUAGGUAGCUGUUGACUGCAGGACUAUUGGAUUAAUUAAUUAAUUAAUUUGAACGCAUAACUAUUGGUACAAGUGGGCACCAAAUAUAUGUGCGCCACACUAUAUAUAUAUUGUGAUCAUGUUAGAGGUUUGUGUACGGUGUUGAUUCGUAGUUUUAAUUGACAGUUAUUUAUAGACAAAGAAUACGUUCACUGAAUUGGUGAGACCAGUUUAUGGAUAACUUUUGGGCGACGCUAAAAUGACCUUGAUCAUGUCCACCUAUUAAGACUAAAUGAGGGUUAUAAACCAGUGUGAGUAAUUAGAGCUAUGAUUUACAGUUGAUGGUUGGGUUUAGGAAUUAGAUUUAGGGUUUCCAUCACGAACUGACAUAAACUGCAAUGCCAAAACGCUACUUGGCCAAGUGGUUGAAUGAAUUUCGUGCCAAAAUCCAAGGCCUGUUAUCUUACAUCUGAUUAGUUUGUCCUUAGUCUCGCCACCGCACUAGUAUGUUAGAAGACAUUCGUGAUUUUGUUUCCAUUUUAUUCCCGAAGAGAAGCGGGCGAAUUAAUGCCAAAUAAAUAUGUGGAAUAGCUACAGUCUAUAUCUGGGUAGGAUUUUCUGUCCUCAAUUAGAUAUGAAACCUUAUUCUCGAAAAUGAUUAAUCUCUGCCUCUGAAUAUUUUAAGUUAAUAAAUAAAUCUAGUUGUAGACCAAUCCUUAAAAAAAUCAAAUAAUGAUAGCUUAAUCUGUACAUGAAUGUCUAUUACAAAGAUAGAAAUGGGAAAAUUGAGUUACCCUUACAAACCAUUUCGCUGUUAACCAUUCUAAUGACAGUUUUCCUUAGGCUAUGACUCAGUUACUAUAGUAUUAAUAAUUCAGUUUGUCUUAGGAUUUAUUGUUGACUGAAAACAUCGAAUGAUAGUAAUUAAUGCAAAUUCACCGUACCGAGACCUGAUAGUAGUUUAGUAUCGAGGUAUUAUUGUUAACUGCUUACGAGUUUAUUUCUGUAAUCUUACCUUUAUCAAUAAGUGGCUGGUAUGUUACGUAUACCUAACUACCGUCUACUUUGAUAUACACACCAGGAUUGAGUAGUAGGUUGGAAAAAAGGCUGGGAGCGGACAAAUCGAGACGUACCAUCAAUUCAUAAAGUCAUUGGCUGGGCGAUACAUCAGUGGUGCUCAAAUUUCAUCAACUAGGUUGCAGGUUCGAACCUCGUCAAGUACAUGAAUUUAUACGUGACAAAUGAGCUUAUGAAUCAGAAUUUCAUACUUGAACUUUAGGACUCACAUUUGUGUAUUCCCUAAAGCGUAAUUGGUUAGUUAGUUAUUUUUUGAUAUUUGCAGUUUGCUAGAUCGCGCAUAUUCAGGAUGGAAAUUUUCAUCGGCUUUAUCAAAAUGACUGUAUUAUUCUGCACAUGAUUGUUUCACUUUUAACAACAGAAAAUCAGCGAAAAUAAAAAAACGUUACAACACACAUGAGUAAAAAGAGGGGACGUCAAAUGCUAAGGCUCACAAAUAUAAAACAUAUGAUGACUAAGUGUGCCAGAGUGUGACUCCCAUCUGAUUUUCAACCAUGAGAAAUGUUGGACCUUGUACAUAAGUGUUUCGAUCCAAGUUGUCUCACCUCAUCAACACAACAGAAUAGAAUCAGUUGUAUGGAAAACGAAGUUCUCCAAAUUUAUGUACUAUUAUCUAGCGGUAAAUUAAAUAAUCACUUCCUGAUGAGUCGAGAGGAUGAAUUCUCAUCACUUGUCACCCAAGCGCGUCUAAAAUGUGAGGAAGGGAAUUUUCAUGAGUCACUCAAGCUCUGUCAGGAUGCCUACGCAAUAAAUCCUUCUUCUAGUCUUAUGCGAAAAAUUGUUCGUCUUCAAAAUUUAGUAAGCCAAGAUACCAAGGAGAACAUUCCAAUAGCUCCCGAAAAAUCUGAAAAUUCUUUAAAAGGAGCUGUUAAGUACUUUGUUUGCGAGUCUGAGAAGUAUGUAUCUCCUAGUAACAUAACUGACAGCACUAAUCUUCUGAAGGAAGCGUAUUUAUGUGUUCCGUCAGCUGAGAUUAAAUCAAAGAUUGGACGAAGUGAAUCAGCUCAUCCUACAACCUAUACUGAUACUUCAAACACGAAAGAAGCUUCAGGGGAAGAAAAGCUUUAUGAUGGUACUCAAUUCACUCUAAUUGAUAAAGCGAAAUUGUUAUAUCAAUCUGGAGACUAUGUUGAAUGCCUUCGUCUUCUUAAAAAAGCCUACAACCUUAAGCAAUGCGAUAAAGUAAAGCGGAAAAUUGAAAGGAUCGAAAAUUAUUUGGAAGAAAACGGAAUUCCUGUUGAUCAUUAUGAUUAUAAGUCGCACACUAAUAAUGUUGUUACUGCAGUUGACCAUGAUGAUGAAAAGGACCCUCCUAAACUCACCUAUGAUUUGGUCGAAAUAGCUGAUAGAUUCAGUGUCCCCAAGUUGUUAUAUGAUAAAUUGUAUGAUUAUCAAAAGUACGGUGUUAAAUGGCUUUGGAGUUUACAUCAGAAAAAUUCUGGCGGCAUAUUAGCUGAUGAUAUGGGACUAGGUAAAACAGUUCAGGUUAUUGCUUUUCUUUCUGGCCUGUUCGUAUCUAGUAAAUUUUCUUGCACAGUGUUGAUUGUAAUGCCAGUCAGUGUUUUGGUUACUUGGGAAGCUGAACUAAAAAGAUGGGCACCAGGACUUCGUGUUAUUGUUUUUCAUGAUAAUAGUCGAGCGGAUCGUCUUAAAAGUUUAGUAUCAAUCCAACGACAUGGUGGUAUUCUACUUACAACAUACGGAACACUUGUUUCCAGCAUAAAAGAUUUGUCUACUGAUUUAAAUGCAAAUCCUGAAUUUUUAAGGUCAUACAAAAAACAAAAAUCCACUGACAAUGAUGCCAGUGAUAUUCUUGCUAGGAUGGGUAAAGAAUUUCAUUGGACUUAUUUAAUAUUGGAUGAAGGACAUAAAGUCAAAAAUUCAUCUGCUAAGACGACCAAAGCAGCUCAAGCAAUUUAUGCAGAUCAUUGUAUUCUCUUAACUGGUACUGCUGUGCAAAAUAAUCUCAAGGAAUUAUGGUCUCUUUACAAUGUAACUCAUCGUGGUCGACUCUUAGGUACACAAAAAACGUUUUCUAUUGAAUAUGACAAACCAAUAACUCGUGGACGCGAAAGAGAUGCUUCUCGUGCUGAAAAAGUACACGGUCAAUUAAUGGCUGAAAGUUUACGACGUAUAAUAGAUCCAUAUUUUUUGAGACGCACAAAAUCUGAAGUUUUAUCUCAACAGUAUAAUAUGAAUGCGGCUGUACCGAUAAAAGAUAAAAUGCCACGUAAAACAGAAAUUGUAUUAUGGGUUUACUUAAGUUCCAUACAAGAAUCCACAUAUCGUGAUUUUUUACAACUUGAUAACGUAAAAGAAUUAUUAAUGCAACGUACAAAACGUUCACCAUUAAUGGAAUUGGUAAUUCUAAAAAAGCUCUGUGAUCAUCCGCGUCUUUUGUCCACUGAACAAUGUUUAAAUCUUAAUUUAAAUUAUGAUGAUGGCAAUGGUAAAGGUGAUAAUUUUCAUAUUGAUGAAAUUGUUUCACAUAAAAUACAUUUUCCACCAUCAGAACAACUGAUUAAAGAAUCUGGGAAAUUCUUGUUUCUUCAUUGUUUGAUGAAACAGUUUUUGCUUGAAUUACAAUCGAAUCCACAAAGAGAUUCACCGCGCACGUUGAUAUUUUCACAAAGUAUAAAGUUUCUUGAUAUGGCUGAAAAAGUCAUUCUAGAUAUAAAAUGUCCUGUUAAUAAUUAUACAUUUAAUGACAAUUUGCACUGUCCUACGCAACAUCGUAUUUUACGAUUAGAUGGUCGUACUGCAAAAGUAUGCGAUCGUCUAAGCAUAAUUAAUAAAUUUCAAAAUGAUAAAUCUUAUACAGUUAUGCUGUUAACUACUCAAGUUGGUGGUGUUGGACUGACAAUUACAUCAGCUAAUCGUGUUAUCAUUCUCGAUCCAAGUUGGAAUCCAGCUGUAGACUCACAAGCUGUAGAUCGUGCGUACAGAAUAGGUCAAAAAUUAGAUGUAGUUGUAUACCGAUUGAUUACUUGUGCAACUGUCGAAGAAAAGAUUUAUCGUCGUCAAAUAUUCAAAGAUUCCGUAAUUCGCCAGACAACGUCGACAGGCCAAAACAAAACGGACUUAGAUCCUUACCGGUAUUUCAGUCGUCAAGAGCUGGUUGAAUUAUUUAGUCUCGGAGACACACGUAUUUCUGAAACUAAACGGCAGCUAGACAUAUUACAUGAUGGUUCAGAUAGAUGGUCUGAUAGUUCCAUUAGCCCACAUUUAAAAUUCCUCAGUAGUGAUGCACUAAAGCAUGUUGUUUAUGGUUUAUCGUUUCAUGAUUUAAUGUUUAGUAAGGAAUCUAUUAACGAAGGAGCUAUUGAUACGGAUCAUGAGAAAUUAUACGUUAUGAAUCGUUGUGUUGCAGCUGAACGUGCCAUAGCUGAAGAAUGUGCUGUUGAAGGAAGAGUAAUUGGUAAAGAAAUGCCAGCAGUCACAAUGACACAAGCAGAAAGUACUGUAAAAUCAUUGCCAACACAUUUAGCAAAUCUUAAUUUACAAAAUAAAUUACCACCUUCCAGUUACCACAAUCAUGACAAUCGUUUUAAUAAUCAUGUACCAUUAGAUCAAUUGUUCAAGCCUUCCAAGUCUGACACUCAUAGACCAAUGUUCAAUAGACCAGUAACAUCAUUUAACAAUCCACACACUAACAUCAUUUACACUUCAUCUAAUAUUGAACAUCAUAGUGAAAAUAUAAGUCCCAAUUCAAAUAUACCAUUAGUAUGCACCACUGCUGAGCAUCAAUCAGUUGAUCGAAUUAGUUCUGUAAACACGUACGGGGUAAAUGAACCCCUCUCGCCAAAGCUAGAACGUCAGUUACAAGAUGUUACUGAAGUUGUAGAAGUACAGAAGAAGAAUGAUAAUGGAUCUCUGGAAAUCAGGAAUUCUCCAACUGAUGAUCUAUCGGAUAAUGAGUGCCUCGAUACACCUCCUAGUGCACCAGUUGCUGAUAUAGAAUGCAUAACUAUAGAGGAUUCAAUUACGCAAAGUUUGCGAGAAAUAAGUAUAACUCAGAAAACUCCAUCAAGAUCUCAUGAUAAUGAGAAAACUAACAAAGGAUCAAAUAUUUUGAAAACUCCACUUCAUCAUCUUCGAACUUCGUUAAAUUCGAGAUCAUCAUUUGCACCAUUCAAUUCAAAUUUUUAUCGUUCUACUCCAUUAUCUUCAAGGAAGUCAACAAAAAUUCCUCCUAAGGAAAACUUUGAACAGUGUGGACAGGAAUUAAACGAAAAUCUCGGUGACAUCAAAUCACCAACAGAUUUUGAUCCUGCUCAGAAUUAUAUACAUAUGGAUAUUAGUAUGGACAUAAACGAAGAUGAUUUAGCUAAUACAGUAGAUAUGAAGUCAAUUCAGCAGGUACUUGCAAAAUCUGGUAUUUUGAAUUCUACUGAUUUAAACAAUAUAAAUGAAACUGGAGGAGGUGAAUCCAUGUCAAAUUCAAUUGAAAUCCGUAAAUCUUCCACUGAACAAGAACUUAAUUCAGUUUCGAAAGAAAAUGAUUUGACUAAAUCUUUAAGUGAUUCUGAAGUUGCCAUGGACUCUUACAUAAAUCGUCAGUCUGUCGAGAAGACACAUAUUGACGAUACUGAUAUUAUUGAAUCUAGUUUCUGAAGAUGUUUUUUAAAAUUUGAUUUUAAAAUAUGUAAAUAGUACAUCAGUUCAAUAUAAUCGUUACGUUUUCUUUACAUUAGUAAAGAGUAAUUAUAAAAUAAUAUCCUAAUAAGUAGAAAAUAGAAUUUCUAUCGUUUCAUGGCAUAGUGUAAGUUGCUACUUCAAAAACAAUUUAAUUUUCUACUCAUUGAAAUAUUACAAAUGUAUUAUUUUAUUAUUAC